UAUGUUUGCGUGCGGAAUUCGAGCACGUAAUAGCAAUAUUAAACUCAGAAAACGUAAUUGAUAUUAUAUGCUUUGUAAAACAUGUGUUUCGGUAGAUCGGCUGUCAUUAUUACGCAAGGCAAGACAAUUAAUUAGAUGUUGUAAUAUAGCUGAGUUACCUCCUUAGCGUUGAGAAGAUGAAUCGACCGCACUACGUCAUUUGGCUAACUUGCCUUGCAUAAUGAGGACAAUUGAUUUACUGAAACGUGUGUAUACUUUAUAAAGUUUAGAAUGACAAUUAUGCUUUGUGUUUAUAUACUCACAAGCUUGUCCCUCGCGGCGGUGGCAUUGCGUUUCUCAAACUUGUACCCUAGCACAACCUAUUUCCCCUUGAUUUCCAUAGUAUAAACUAAGAUACUUUCUAACAGAAUUUUUUAGAAAAGACAUAUAACCAAUUUUAUGCAUGAAAAUAACUACUUCGAAACAUGCUCAAAAUACAAUAGAAUCAUUGUAGGAUUCAUACUCAUUGCAAAACAUGUCUAUUGUUGUAUGAUGGGCAGUGAUGCAAUGGGGGUUAUUGGAAGGGAGAGCAGUAUUACUUUCUGUCUUGUAGAGCAUUGUCUUCAGCAUCAGUUUCAAAGUUGAAGAACUUUCCUAAGGAUUUUUGAUGCAACUCAGAGUAGGAAUUGAAUUCGCUAUGAACUCCUCUGGUAAUGUUUAUGUAAAGUUGACAAUUAGGAUCGUUAUAAGCAAUGUAAAUACUAACCCUUGUUGAGUUAGUGGAGCUUCGGUAUUCUCUUUUUCAUCUGUAGUUCACUCUUGUUCUAUUAGCAUUUACUCCUCAUUUGACAAAGUUUCUCUAUAGGAUGGUAGCCACAUCAAACUUACGAAAUAAGAAAAACAAAACAAUAUCCAGACACUUAAAGAGGUAGCGGCUUGACUACUUGACGUACUUUUGUCUAUUUUGUCAUCUAUUGUUCCUUCUGUAGACGUUGCAAGCUUUCAUGUUAUUUCAGUAAGGUCUUCUGUGUCAAAUCUUUGUAAGCAUUCAAGUUUAACUUUUGGCACUGCUGCUUUUAAUUCAACUUGAUGACCUCUUUCCAGUAAUCUUGAAUAAAGUCGAUGCACUGUUAUUAAAUCGAAAGGCAGAGAAGAAACAAGAAAUCCACACCAAAAGUUAAACUGUAGAAUCUAAGGAAAACAGUUAUGUUCUGCGCAAAAGACAGUCACUCUGUUAUUUCAAACCUAAAGAAACUAAAUGAAUAAAAGAGAAAGGUGAAGGCUUGAUGUUGAAAGAUGUGAGAUGUAGGAUAUUUGAGGAAAUUCUGUACUACUCAAGUUAGCCAGGUCCACGUUUGUUGAGUGGAUCUGGUGCAAACGAGAUGGGUGAUUGAGGGUACAGAGCGGUGUCGGCACGAAUGCUGAGAACAAUGAAAAAAGGUACUGGGUAAGAGGAGAGAGUGAACAACUUUUGGAAAGAAUGUUUAGUGCACUAGAAAUAAAUAAAUUUUAAGAAGUAAAUUGUAACCUGUAAACAAACAUGUACAAAGAAGGGAGACAGGAAAUAAGAGAGGUUAAAGUAUCACAUCAAAUUAUAUAAUCAUGAUGAUAUCAUGCUUUUAAUUUUUUUUUAAAUUGUUGAAAUUUAUCCCAAAUUUCAGGAAUUAUGUUGAAAUUACAAGCUGUAUCCUGAAAUUAGUGGUCAUAAAAUAUAAUUCUCAUUAAGUGCAGAAUUCCGUAACCAGUGUUUCCGUAAUGUGGUGUAUUUCAGUGCAUUUAUACAUACAUGUACACACACACACUGUGUGUGUGUGUGUUUUUAAUAUAUUUAGGAAUAUUUGAGUAUACUAACGAAAUGUUUGAUGCUUCAUGUUAUAUUUCAGUGUUCAAAUUGCAGACAAAAAUCAUUAUCGUCAUCAUCUUUAUUGCCAUUAUUAAUAUUAUUAUUAUUAUAUGACGGACAUGUGCUGUAGUUUGUUUUGCUCUUAUUUUCACUGUAUUGAAAGUGUUUUACGUUGGAUGUCUGCAAUGCUUGUAGUGCGAUUUUCUGUAUGUUGCAUAUACUUGUUAGUCUUGGUGUUUUUGUUAUGCAUUUGUGUUUUUUUUUAUAUUAUACCUAAUGCGCCUACUAUGAUAGGAAUUAUUUUUGCAUUUAGGCUCCACAUUCGAGUUACCUCUAUUUCCAGGUCUUUGUAUUUUGAAAAUUUCUCCGUUUCUUUUAGAGAAACAUUGUCAUCUGUUGGUAUUGAUACAUCGAUUAAAAAGCAUUUUUUUUCUUGGUGAACUCUGACAACUAUAUCCGACCUAUUAUUAUUAUUACUAUUAUUAUUAUUAUUAUUAUUAUUAUUAUUAUUAUUAUUGUUGUUGUUGUUUAUUAUGGCAGCGAGCUGGCAGAAUCGUUAGCACGCCGAGCAAAAUGCUUAGCAGUAUUUCAUGUUUUCGCGUUCUGAGUUCAAAUGCCGCCGCGGUGGACCUUGCCUCUCAUCAUUUCGGGGUCGAUAAAUCAAGUACCACUUACGCACUGGAGUCGAUGCAAUCGACUCAUCCGCUCCCCCAAAAUGUCUACCCUUGUGGCAAAAUUUGAAACCAUUAUUAUUAUUAUUGAGUGAGAGAGAAGUAUAUGCCAUCAAAGUGACACUGUCGUAAAACAUACGAAGCUCAGUAUACUCAUCAUGACUACCCGUCUGAUAAGGGUACACCAGGCACAUGCAUCACAACCAUAUGUGCGCGACAUGGUGAUCUCAUAUCAAGAUAAACAGCGCAUGACCUCGCAGGUGGGGACCAGUUAGAAUUUUCUUCAGGGCGAGUAACCCAUCCCACUCAAAAGGUCCUUGAAUAAGAGUUGUUUAAGGAUGAUGAAUGAAACAUGCAUGUUUCCAGAGGUGAAUUAUACAAACUCCUAAGAAUUCAUCUCAAUAUAUGGCUAUAAUAUUCUUCUCCUACUUCUGCUUGUGAUCAGAUAUGCACAUAUUGCCAGCCACUAAGGGACAUGCUCAACUGGAUAAGGUCAAACAACUGACAAGCAAAUCUGUGGUAUUGAACAGAAUAUUUGCUGUAGCCCAUCUUUUAUACCAAGACAAAACAAUGUACAUAACAUUUCCAAUCAGUUAAGAUCAAAAGUCAUGAGAACCAGUGCCUGGUACUGCAUCAAGGCAUUUACUAUUACUAUUAUUAUUAUUAUUAUUAUUAUUAUUAUUAUUAUUAUUAUUUGAUGAAAACUCUCAGCUUAUUUUGCUGGGUGUGAUAGAAAGUGUCAGCUGCCCUCAGCCAGCAGACUAAGACGACACUUGUUUACUGAUCAUGCUUAAAGAAUUCUGCAGAGAACCAAGCAAUGCUGGUUUUUGUAGGUGUUCCAUCUUUACGUUUGUACCAGUUCUUUUGAGCCAUGUUGAUAGUUGAGUGCUGAUACUUCCAAGUGUGCCGAUUACUACUGGUAUCACAUCCACUCUCUUCAUUGCCUAUUUCCCACAUCAAAUCCUUAUAAUAUUUGCAGCUGGUAGAAUCAUUAGCAUGUCAGAUGAAAUGCUUAGCAGUAUUUCUUCCAACUCAUUACAUUCUGAGUUCAAAUGCUACCGAAGUCGACUUUACCCUUCAUCCUUUCAGGGUCAAUAAAAUAGUACCAGUUGAACACUGGGGUCAAUGUAGUCCAUUUCCCCAGAAAUUCAGGCACUCUGCUUAUAGUAGAAAAAAAAAUUAUUGUUGUGAUUGUUAUUAUUAUCAUUAUAAGGCAACCAGCUGGCAGAAUAGCUAGCAUACCAGGUGAAAUGUUUAGUGGUAUUUCGUCCGCCCUUACAUUCUGAGUUCAAAUUCCACCGAGAUUGACUUUGCCUUUCAUCCUUUCAGAGUUGAUGAAAGAAGUACCAGUUUCACACUGGUGUCAAUGUAAUUGACUUAACCCCUCCCCCCGAAUUUCAGUCCCUGUGCCUAUAGUAGAAAGGAUUAUUAUUAUUAUUAUUAUUGGCAGAAUCAUUAACAUAUUAGAGAAAUUGCUAAGAGGCAUUUGUUCUAACUUUUUCUUGUUCUGAGAUCAAAUCCUGUCAAAGUCAACUUUGCUUUUACUCUUUCAGGAUUGAUAAAAUAAAGUACCAGUCAAAUACUGGGGGCCAAUGUAAUCAACUAAACCCUUCUUCUUAAUAUUGCUGGCCUUGUGCCAAAAUGAAAAAAGUAUUAUUAUUAUCACUAUUGGUGAGACUGAAUGGAUCUACUCUGAAUAUGCUUUUCUAAACAGGAGGAACGAAACUGGAAGAAGACACUUUCCCAUACUUUGGGGAUGGCAGAAUAAUCCGGGAUUUUUGUGUGGGGUUUACCCUGGAUUAUCCUAAGUGGACUGCCCUGCUAUUGGAGAUACUAUUUAUUUAUUUAUUAUUUAUUUCUCUACUUUCCAUUAUAUAUCCUCUGUUAUAUCCUUUAAUAUUGUAGUUUCUCUCCUUGAUCGAUGUUAACCUCACCUGUUUUUGUAAUUUUUGUUUUGCUGUGUUUUUUUGUGUGCUGUAACUCAUUCUUCGAUAUUGUCCUUCAUGUCUUGGGCCCUCGUGGCCAUUAAAAGAAAUCAUUAUUAUUAUUAUUAUUAUUAUUAUUAUUAUUAUUAUUAUUAAUUUCUCUUGUAUUUUUUAGGAAAACAUGCCAACUACAAAGACCAAAACAAGGAAAAAUCGACGUCGCUGGAUACUUAUUUGUGCAGCUCUCAUUGUCUUGUUCAUUAUUGUCUUCAUCCCAGUCUAUGAUUUAACAUCAAGUUCCAAAGUAUUAGCACCAUCUCAUUUGAACACCAGUUAUUCUGGAACCAAAGUAACAACAUUCCCAUCAAAUUACAGCAUACAGUCAUCAACACCUAUGAAUGGAAUUCAACACAGCAAGAAUUUGUACCAAACUACUUCUAUACAUACAAAUACAAUCACACCUACUGUUUCUGCAUCAACUCAAAACAGUUACCACCCAACAAUUUCUCCAACAAGACAGACUCCUAAAAUCUCUCCUGUGAAGACCCUUCCCCCAUAUAAUCAUUCAAUGAAUGCAUCUGAAAGAUCGAUUUUCCUAGACAUCAGAGCAUUUUCAGGUUAUUAUCAUGGAAUGGAAUGUGAUUUCCAGAAACAGUUCCAAUGUGGAAAUGGAAUCUGUAUGUCCCACAAACAUUGGUGCAACAAUGUUAGAGAUUGUUCUGAUGGUUCUGAUGAAUUGCCAGGAUGCAAAUGUCUUGAGACCCAAUUCCAUUGUAAACUGUCCGGAGAAUGUAUUCCUGGAGAAUCUUACUGUGAUGGUCAUGCUCUAUGUCAAGAUCUCACUGAUGAACCACACAAUUGUACAUGCAACCCCAAAUGGCACAUAGAAUGUGCCAACCAUCGAUGUCUUCCAAAGUCUUUCAAAUGUGAUGCAAUUAAUCAAUGUGGAGAUUUCAGUGAUGAAGUAAAUUGCACUUGUUUUGGCAGUGAUUACAAAUGUAAGAAUGGGAUGUGUCUUCCUAUAAUGAAAGUCUGUAAUGGUCAACCAGACUGUGCUGAUGGUGAUGACGAAUCAAGUGACUGCAGUAUGUAGAUCAUUUUAACUCUUUUGU